AUGAAUUCCUGUGUCGCGCUGUGGUUCGUGCUAUUGGUAGCAGGUGUUUACGGUGGACCUGCGGUAGACAGGCAGGAUGUCCAGGAUGCUGCCAAAUAUCGUUGGUGUGUUCCGGCAGAAUUAUUCGACGACUGCGUGCGUAUAACCCGCGCAGCAGACGUGUCGAUCGGGUGCGUCGCUGGUAUUGACCGGUUGGACUGUUUGCGUAAAGUGCAGCACCGCCAGGCGGACUACGUUGCGGCAGAUCCGGAGGAUGUGUACGUUGCAUCACACUUCGACAAUCAGGAUUUCACCGUGUUCAGUGAACUGCGCACGUCCGAGGAACCGACCGCCAUGUUCCGGUACGAGGGCAUCAUGCUGGUUCGUGCUUCCGAUAACUUCCACAGCUUGGCCGACCUGCGCGGCAAGCGUUCGUGCCACACCGGCUUCGGGCGGAAUGUGGGCUACAAAAUUCCGGUAACACGUUUGCUGCGUGCGGGUGUGCUGAAGCUCCCUGUCGGGGACGUUUCGUUGUCGCCUGUUGAGCGGGAGCUGGCUGGCCUGUCGGAGUUGUUCAGUGCGUCAUGUCUACCGGGCAGCUACUCCUCCGACGCUGGUAUCGAUCGGCUGCUGAAGGGUCGGUAUGCGAACCUCUGCGAGCGGUGCGAUCAACCUCAACGCUGUGCCAAGGAUGAUCGGUUCGCCGGGUAUGAGGGUGCGAUCCGCUGCUUGGUGGAGAACGGUGGUGACGUGGCAUUCAGCAAGACUAUAUACGUCCGCAAGUACUUCGGACUGCCCGUGACGCCCGGUGGAACCGCAGCGCCUGCGCUUAACCCGAACGCUCGUACGGAAGACUACGCUUACCUGUGCGAGGACGGCACCACACGUCCGAUUGGCGACGGGCUGCCAGUUUGUUCCUGGGCUCAGCGUCCGUGGCAGGUACUGCUCGGCAAUGGUGAUCUAAGCGGCGCAGGAUUGCGCGAACUGCAGGCGCUCAGUCAACAGCUGCGUCGCUACUGGACCGAGCCAAACAAUCAGAUAUCCGACGCGGACCGCCGCACGGCCCAGAAGCUCUGGAUCGAUAAGAACGCACCGAUAGUAGAUCGACAGCAAACGGUCGCACCACGCGAAUACCUCGCCCAGGCGAACUAUGCCGAGGUGAUCGAACGUGAAGGACGGUUUGGUAACACGCUGCGCCUCUGCGUGGUGUCCGAGGAUGAACGUCAGAAAUGCGACCUGAUGCGCCAGGCUGCCUAUUCGCGCGAUAUUCGACCGGCACUGCAGUGCGUCCUGAAGACGGUCGACGCAUGUGUGGCCGCAGUGCGGGAUGGUACCGAUGCCGACGUGGUGGUGUUGAGACAACCGAACGGGCAGCUGAAGCCGCUCCUGUGGGAAACAUAUGAUGACGUAAUGGUAGCGGUUGCUGAUAAGACAAUUACCAAGGAACGUCUGCAUGAUGGUCCGGUUGCUCUGGAUACAUCGAACGAGCAGGCCGUCGGAGCGGCACGCGUGCUCUCCUCGAAGUUACCCUCCCUGCGCACGGUAGACAUCAGCUCGCCGGACGGUGCAUCCGCACCGAUCCGUAUCGUCCGUUCGAAAACACUGACCGCUGGUGGUCCGAAUGCAGACAAAGUGCUCGUUUGUCUGGACCUCAGCUUCCAACCACUCACGAACGCAGCGAACUGCCACCUGGAGUCGACCGUGAACGCCGAGCGCAACGCAGCCGCCAUCUACGUCCGGAAGCAGGUGGAUGACGCCUUGCGGGAUAGUGUCGUACACGCGUUCACUGCCAUGUCGGAAGCGUUCGGACGCGGACAGCCGAAGGAGCAGGUGUUCCGAAUGUUUGGACCGUUCCGACUGCAGAACGGUGAGGUGAAACCACAUCUGAUCUUCCACGACUACGCAUCCGAGCUGACCGUGAGCAAAUAA